ACAGUGAAGGAGAUCUUCUUUUUUCAUAUCAAAAUAUAAAAGUAAAUACUUGUGAAUACGGAAUCAGUUCAUAUUCUAGACCCAUUCGUCGUCAUGUUCAAGGUGCUGAUUGGUGUAUGUUUUGUUUUUUCCGUUGUGUACGGAUUACACUUACCUUCAUAUAUCAAACCUUGCCGUCUAGAUUCUCCGGAUUUUACAGAGUGUGCCAUAAAACAUGGGAAUGAUGCGAUUGCUACGCUUCUGAAAGGUGACAGGGCUUAUGGUAUUCCUUCUUUUACACCUUUCAUUAUCCCUUUGGUGACUAUAUCUGCUAAUGGACUGGACAUGAAUCUGACACAGGCUACUUUUUCUGGUAUUGAGAACCUGAAACUAACGAAAUAUAUAUUAGAUUUGAAGAACAAAAAGGUUAACAUCACAAUGACGAAUCCGUUUUUAAAUUUUGAAUUCGACUACAAAACAAGAGGAAAAGUUGCAGCUCUACCUAUUGAAGGAGAUGGACACGGUUGGACGAAAUUUUAUAAUGGAAACUACUCAUAUGAUUAUGACUUCGAUGUGAUGGAAAGAAAAGGAAAGCAUUAUAUGCACAUCGUUAAGAACAAGAUAAAAAUAGAGCCCGAACGUCUAGAAGCUAAUAUUGAUAAUCUUUUCAAUGGAAAUAAGCAAUUAGGUGACCAUUUGAACAACUUCUUUAACGAAAACUGGAGAGAACUACUGGUGCAAUUCGGUCCAGUGCUAUCUGAGGUUUAUGGUUCAGUUGGGAAACAGAUAUUGGCCAAAAUAUAUGAUAGGAUUCCGUUAGAAGAAAUAUAUCCUGGAAUAGUUCUAUGAUAAACUUUCACCCUCACCUCCAAUAAAUUAAGUUUUCAUUCAUGUUUAUUGGUUGGAGCAGUACAUUAAUGGAACCAUCAUUAAUUUCCUUAACUUUUCAUGAAGAAUCCAUGAAUAUAAGAAUCAAGCUAUCAACCGAAAUACCAUUGACUAGUUGUGAUCGAAGGAAAUAUAGUCAACCUUGAUAAUUUCCAUAUUUUAUAAGCUCAACCUUUGUCAUCGAAAGAAAAAAACAAUAAUCUAAUGUUGAACUCAAAACUUCCUUGAGGUACUUUAUGAUAGGAACAACAAAUUUUAUAUACCAGAAUUAUAAUUUUCGUUUCAUCAUA